AGAAACAGAAGCGGCAAUCUGCGCAUGCGUCUUUGUCAGCUUUUCUCGCUAGCGGCGCUGAUCUACUCACAACAGCACGCUUGAGAAGCAAAAUAUUUGACAUAUUGUUAUAAUUCCCUAACGUUUCUGAACAUUAUACGAUAGCCGUCGGCGUCGUUUAAAGAAUAUGCCGAAAAACAAAGGUAAAGGAGGAAAGAAUCGGCGACGUGGUAAGAAUGAGAAUGAAUCUGAGAAAAGAGAGCUGGUGUUUAAAGAGGAUGGACAAGAAUACGCUCAGGUCAUCAAGAUGUUGGGAAAUGGGAGGUUGGAGGCCAUGUGUUUUGAUGGAGUCAAGCGGCUUUGUCACAUCCGAGGAAAGCUCCGGAAAAAGGUGUGGAUUAACACAUCAGACAUUAUUCUCAUUGGAUUAAGGGACUACCAGGAUAAUAAAGCAGAUGUCAUUUUGAAGUAUAAUGCUGAUGAGGCUCGGAGUCUGAAAGCCUAUGGGGAGCUUCCAGAACACGCCAAAAUCAACGAGACUGAUACCUUCGGGCCUGGUGAUGACGACGAGAUUCAGUUUGAUGAUAUUGGUGAUGAUGAUGAGGACAUUGAUGAUAUCUAAGAGGAAUACACUGGGAAGUGAAUGUUUCUCAACUUGAAGCGACAAUAUCCUUGCAUCCCCCCUAAAGUCACCCCUCCAUCAUUAUGUACACAGAGGCUCAAGUUUUUGGUUUCUCUGACUAAACACAUGAAUGCAUUGUUACCUUCAAUCAAUUUUGUUAUCUUUUAAUGUAUUUAUAUUGAUUUCACAUCAAGUGGAAUUUAGUUACAGUACAGAAUCUAUGGAUUCGCAAUAAAAAGAUAACCAAUUUUAUGUUUGGUCUUGCAGUCUGUAUCCUAAUAGACAUGUUCAAAAGCUCUGUAAAAGUGAGUGAAACUCUUAUGGUAAAAGCUGAUACCUCUAAAA